AUGUUGUACGAUCUUCUCAAACAUGAAGAAUAUAGAUGUAUCUUAAUGAUGAAGAAUACCCCGAAGCUGAACACCGGAUGGAGGAUUGUACAUUGUGAUUUGUGGAGUUUACAAUACGCGUGAAUGAUUAUUGUAAGGACAAAGAUAAAGAAGUAAACGCAGCCAGCGUUGUCAAUGUUAGUGAGCAAGAAACUCACAGAUCACAAGAACUAUCAAUGAAAACGAAAACGAACAAGGCUGUGCAGCUAUGCAAAAGGGUAAAUCAGAAAUGCCUCUUGUAAUGAAGCAUGAAAAACCCAAAAUGCCUUGUUUUAUGGUGAUGUACGCAAAUAUUUCAUUUUUAAGGCCGACUUUCAGCAUGCUGUUGAAAAAUAUUAUUCUGAGAGAGAUGCCAUUUCUAUUCUUCGUUCAUGUUAGUCACCAGAACCAGCAAAGUUAGUUAAAGGAGUAAGCACCAAUCUGAAGUCCGCGUGGAAUUAUUUAGACCAGAAUUGUGGCGAUCCUAGUAUUGUGUCUGAUGUUGUUAUAUCCGAUAUCAAGCGAUAUAAAGCUGUACAAACAGGCAAAGACCACCGAUUUUGUGAUUUAGUUAAUCUCCUGGCAAUGAGAUUGUCGAGUGCAGCCUUAACUUCGUCAAAUGCAUGCCGAGCUUCCAAUGGCUGGCGACUAGAAUGCUGAAGCAUUCUUGCGGCGUUGAGGGAUCAGGUGAACACAGACUUCGCUGCUCAACGCAACUCAUUGAUUCCUCACCAGCAACACUGCUUCAGUUUUCAAAGAUCUUCAGAUGA